CAGCCUGUGGUGAUGUUAGACAUAUGGAAAAUCAAGUAUCACAAUGAGUGUAGCUGCUGGAGACAAAUUUGACAAUAGUGGUAAAAAUGGCAGCUCAAUGGGUGACUGGCUGCGAAAUUCUGUGGCCAGGUCUUCAUUUGGUAGAAGAGCUGUUACUGCCACCAGUGCUGCUGCAGCUAUUGCAGCUUCAAGUUGGGCAGGUGUGGGGGCUGAAUUGGAUCAUGUUGACCCUUCAGCAGCAUACCAUACCUUCAGCAAACAUUGGCAGCAGACAGUUGAAAUCAUGGAUCGAACUGCUUUCAAACAAGAGGUGUUUCAAGAUGACGUCACAGCGGUCAUUAAUCACCUGCGCCAGAUGAUCACUUUGCUGCAAGUGGACAUCAGACAAAUCAUGACUAAAGACCAACCUUAUCCACUGGAUGACAGAAGAUCAUCAGAUAUCUGCUCAAUAGAAUCAUCAAACAUCACUGCUGGUGACUCCAACCCUGCACUGCCUAGAGCUGCCAGCAAGAAGCCUUAUGUGUCGUCAUCAUCAGCCACUCCCCUCGACCCACCACCCACACCAAUUUUUGACCAUUUUUUAGGAGAAGAAAUUUUAGACAAAAUUUUGGAAUGGAGUCUUGGGACGGGAGAGUUUACUAAUUCUCUUAAGCUGGAGCAGUUGCGGAUCCACGAGGUUCUACUGAGUCAGUCUCGCCAGGAGCUGCUGGUGUACAAGCCUGUCAUACGGCCUCUUAUUCGUCUCCUUGACUCAUGUCUUACAUGCAUACCUGUUGAGGUGGAGAGGCAACUUGUACUGCUGCUGAACCAGCUGUGUGCUUCCCUGCUGCACAACCAGCAGCUGCUGCACUUCUUCUUCCUGUCGUCCCCAGACGAGCAAGGCGAUGCAAAAUUUUUGAUAUUCUCUCUGCUGCUGCCGUUCGUGCACCGGGAAGGAGACCUCGGGCAGCAAGCGCGUGACGCCCUCCUGCUGUGCAUGGCGCUGAGCAACACCAACCCUCCCGUCGGCCAGUACAUCGCCGACACCUCCAAUUUUUGUCCGCUGCUCGCUGCUGGCAUGUGCGGUCUGUACUCAACACUGCCACGGACGCUGCCAUCUGCCGUCGCGGGGAGCGACGACUGGCACGGCAUCUCUGCCACCCACGUCCCCCUCAUCCCCAACCUGCAGGCCUUCCUCAACGCCCUCGAGUUCUGCAACGCUGUCGUACAGGUUGGGCACUCGGUGGUACGCAACGAACUGGUGGAGCUCGUGUACCAAGGCUUCCUGGUGCUGGUACUGGGACCUGCACUGCAUCAGGAUGGCGCCGUGAGUGAGCUGCAGCAGGACUUGGCCGCCCCUCCGGUGAACAUCGAGGAGGUGGUGACGGCGACAGCGUACGUGGACCUCUUCCUGAGCUACGCCACGGAGCCGCAGCUACGCAGGGCCUUCCUGGCCUUCUUGCUGACUUCCCCACCUCCCCGUGGGGACCUGGGAGAGGGGGAAGAGGAGCAUAGGCGGGGCAUGAGGGACCCUCCCAUCAUCACCACACUCAUAUCUAGGAUACACUCCGACAACCAUCGGGUGUGCAUGGUGACGCUGCAGUUGUUCAUGCGCAUUAUCGACUGUUGGUGCGAGGACGCGAUGCUGGUGUUGGUGCUGCAGUACCUCGUUAGUGGCAGCCACGUGAUGGUGUCACACAGACACUCCACCACGCAACACACGCCCCUACACGACGCACACAGAAUACUCGAACUCAUGCCUGCCGUACUAAAGCACGAGGAGGAGUGCGGUCUGUGUGGGGACGCGGCGGGGUCCUGUGAGGUGGCGAGCUGUCACCUGGCGCCCUACACAAGCUUCCUGCAUGAGGCGCGCCACAGGAUCUGCCACGUGGCUGAGGCCUGCAGGAAGUGGACGUGGCGCUACGAUGGCGUGUCCCCGCCGCCCUCGCAAGCUAUGGAGAUGUUGGAGGCCGCCAGAGCUGUCCAGCCUCUGCCUUACCCCAAGCCCAGGUCUGAGUCUGACCCCACCAACUCCAGCACCUCCCAACACACGCACAAUCCUCUCCUGAUGGGCGUAACCAGCGCCCAGAGAAGACCUAGUCUGCCGUUGGGAAUGUCAAUGAAGGCUCCCGUAUUGGCUGUAUCAGCCACCACCAGCGCCCCUUCCUCUAACACUGCCAGCACCUACAAUCCUAGCAGCAACACUGUCAGCAGCAACUCGUCCAAGUCCUGUAAAAGCGUGAGCAGGAGAGCACUAGGAUUAACUCUGUCACAUCCUUCAGUCCUUAACCUCAGUCACGACGACGACCAGCCUGAGUCUUUGGGUGAGAGCAGCGGCUACGAGAGCUUCAAUUUGCGGACGUCGCGCGACUCCUCUCCUUGUUCCCUGCCAGGCUCCCCCCGCGCAUCUCACACCAACCAGCGCCCCGCGUCCUCAUCCUCCCCAGUCACCGCAGCCACGGACCUCGACGAGCAGUUUCUGGAGGAGCUCAUGGCGUGGCAUGUAUACGAGCACUCUGAUGAAACCCGCUAUAAUGAGGCCCACUCUAGUGAGGCCCACUCUAGCGAGGCACACUCAAGUGAGUCACACUCUUGCGAGGUCCCUCAAAUCUCAGACCCUGGCCACAAGCCUGAUUGUUUCAGUCGCGGCAGUAAUAAUCAUAAAGAAGAGGCACAACAGAAGGACAAUAGACAAGCGCUGGAGGAAGCCAUGAGACAAAUAGACGAGGCUUAUGCCGCCUACAGUCACGUCAUUCCUGCACAUACGGCAUCGCAGGACUCAGACUGUGAUGAUGUGAACUGGGACGAGCCUGCAUGGAGCAGUCCCCCCUCCCCUCCUACGUCUCCUCUCCCUCCCCACGCUCGCCCCACAAUUGGUCCGUUCCUGGAGGCGGUCAUGGAGCGGGUGGAAGACGUGCUGAGCUCCCCCGUGCCGGUAGCGGAGCUGCUCUUCAGUCUGCUGGUCCGCCUCGCUUCUUGCCCUGCCCCCAUCCUGACCACGCUGCUGCUCCACCCCUCCAUACUCUGCCAGCCUGCCGUGCGCUCUCUCUACCAGGUGCUGAGCGCCCUGAAGCAGCGUAUCGACGCGCUCCUCUCAGAGGACGACGCGUACCUGCUGUCGGACGCCCGCGCCUGGUUCACCGCCAAGCAGAGCCCUCCUGCCGCUGGCCUGGCGUGUGGCGCCCCCGCGGUCGGCCAGUCCCCCGCUAUGGUGGGACCUCAGCGUCCCUCUCAAGCUGCGCCCGUUACCGUCCUCGCCUCCUCCUUCUCCCUCGACGCGUUCAGAGACUCUGGCAAGAAGCGCAGCCUGACAGCAGCCGUGACAGGAGCCGUAGGGGCGCUCUUCAAGAAAGGGUUCUCCACCCAGCAGCCUGAGGCGCGGCCACCAGCCCUCCAGCACCUGCCCAACAACCAAGGCUACAAGUUUUACAGACAACCCUCCGACAGCAGCAACCCAAGCCUGUCUCCCCAACCUUCACUCCUGGCAGACUCUUCCCCUUCGUCUUCCCUCACUACGUCCCCAGCCAUGCCCCACCUCGACCCCUCGUCAAAUUCCUCUUCUUCCCAGUCCAUGUUCUACACGUCCUCCGUCCUGGACACCUCGUCGUCUCUGCCAGGCUUAUACGGCGGGGCGUCUCACGAGACAGAGACGUCCUCGGCAUCUCUGGGCGCGGUGCUCUACACUUCCAAUGAAUUCGCCUCUAUAGCGCGCCAGAAGCAAGCUGUGCAGAGACAAACUGUGCACUCCUUCAACCCUGAGAAAGUGCACGCCGCGCGCUGUGCAAUUCUGCUGCGCCAGCUGCUGCUCGAUCUCAGUGCGCUAGCACAGGAACACGCUGUGUAUUGCCCCCAAAUGAUCUUUGACUUCAACGCUAAAAACAUUGAUUUAGGCUCCAGAAAAACAGAUUUGGGCAAGAAAAAUCUUGAUUGUAACUCUAGAAACGCUGCAAGUGCUUCCAAGGACCUGUCAUGACAGAGCAGUUGGCUCGAACAAAGUACUUCAUAACGCGUCACCGUGUGUGUGUCUAGCUCAUUUCUGACAUCAAACAUUACUAUUGACCCCACGAUUUUAAUGAUUAGUUUAACGCUCUGUGAUUGGUUUUAUUUGUGCUUUCUUCGUAGCUGCUCGACUUGGUAGUGCAUGUGGUUGUUUAUUAUUGAUUUGCACUGAAAGACAUUUUAUGAUAGUAUUUAAUUGGUUUUAUCUUUAUAUAUAUAUAAACAUAUUUAUACUUGAUUUGUCUACAAUUAUUUAUUAUAUUCUCCAGCGAUCUUUUAAAUGGUUUCCUUUUAUUAAAUUUCAUUUCGUGAUCUGUUCCCCUUUGCAGUUACAUUUCACUUGUUUAAAACUUCCACGUUUUCGCUGCUCUCUUAUUCGGAUUUAUUAUGUCAAUUUCGCACGUGAAAUUCUAAGUGCAGUAUGUUUACUCUUGGGCGCAGCUGCCGAUAUACCCAUAGUCUUUUAUUCAAGCUAAGGUACCCUAUUUUUGUAUCUCUAACCUCAAACUUACGUUGCGCUUACGUCACCAAAUUGAUUGCUGAUUCUCCGACUCGUUCUUCAUUGUAUAUAACAAAGAUCUUUCUUUGUUUUGUGGAUACGAUAUGUUAUGGCACGAGGCACCUUUAUUAGUACGUAUCAAUGUACAUGCUACAUGUACAUUGGAAUGUGUAUAAAUGUCAAUUGUUGUCUUGUGGUAAUGAUGCGUGCCGAUGCUAUCCCUCCCAAUAACCUGCUCACUCAAUUCUGCGUAAUACACACUGAAGCACAUCUACUGAAGCUUAUAACAGCCCUCAUCUUAAAGCCGUUCGUAUAGAUUAGAUGUUUCCAAGAUUUCACCUCCAUGUGAUCAAUCAUCACAGACUGAAUACACCCCUACAUGUUCAAAAUUAAUUAUUUCUAUGAUUUAUCUUUAAAUUAAACGAAAAAUUGCAAGCUUCUAGUUGAAGCUUUGAAAUUUUACAUGACCAUGAAUGGCGAUUAUCCAUUAGUUUAUCCAGCUCCGGUAUUUCCAUGAUCAUUUCUCCUGCUUAUUAAUGUCAUUGAAAACGGACGGCGCACGCUGGUCUCCAGCGCACGCAGGUGGCAGAGCCACACAAACUAACAAACUAGUCGUGGUCUCAGCGGGGAGGCACGGCUGUGUUAUAGUAAGAUUUUAUUGUAAAUACAUAGGCUAUAGAAAGUUGUUAAGAAUCACAGAGUAUAUUAGACUAUUUUCGAUGACAACAGAGCAUUAAAAGUGCAAUAAUUAUGAAGGUAUCCUGAUGCGCCGUCAAACAAUUAUAAUUUAUUAAGAAGUUUUCAUAUCAAGACGCUCCUAGAUGAACAGCUCUCAUUAUCGGGGAUAUUGUGUAAAAUAUAACGCUAAUUGAUGCUAAUUCUCUUAUAAAAAGAUGUUCCUUAUGUUGGCUCGCCAAUUGUUUCUUAUAUUGGAUGCACAUUGCGAGUUUAGCGCGUGAAUAGUUUAAGUUUUAAUGGUUGAUUGAUAGCGAUCUCGUACAAUAAUAUUAGGCGAAUAUUCUGAGCUCAGUGUCGACAAAUUCUACGACUCUAUCAUCCAUUCUUUAUAAUUCGUCUUGCUUAUUUUAUUAUUUGUCAUGCAUUGUUAUUGCCUAGUUUUAUUGUUAAACUGAAUUUUAUUCAAAGUGAAAAAUGAUUAUAAUGUUAACUAGAAUGUACUUAUUCGGUAAUAAAAAAUGAAUGAAUAUGCCCAAGGUUGACGAUAAGCGCCUUUGUCUGGUGAGUGAAUAUGAUCAAGUAACUUUGCUUGUUUCGUUGGUGUCGGCAACCUUACAGCAAUUAACCCUACAGUGGUCGCGUGGAUUACAUACUCGUAUGUAAUCCACGCCUGCGAAAUGUAACCGUAACGAAACCGACUGAAAUGGUGACUAAUUUGGUCAGUUUUUGCACGCGACCACUGAAGGGUUAAUAGUUGUUGACCGCGUGUGUGAUUGAACUAGCCUCUACCACUAGCCUCUAUAACCUAUAGCUGCUCCUCGCUCAACAUGUCUUCUCUGUACGAUGGCAUCUCCCCUCCGUCCUGCCUGUGAACCUGCGCUGGUUGUGCUCUUUCCUUCUCACUUUUCCCCCGUACCUUACAGGGCAUACGUUCAAUCAGCCUUAUUAUUGUGCUUGAAUUAUUGCUUUCUGUCGUUAUUCACUUGACUCGAGGCUCAUGUUCCUCGACUCUAGAACAAAUUACGUUCAGGACGAAGAAACUGACGGUGAGAUCUUGUUACAGUUUGUUGAAAAUUUUGUAUUUUCGACUUUGAAAUUAUAAUUGAGAACUUUU